CACACACACACACACACACACACAGUCAACCCAAAAUUCAAUGCCGACACAAAAUAUCCUCACGGAGAAGAAGCAGUUCUCACAGAGCGCUUUGAAUCGUUGCUUAGCUCCUUCUCAGAAGAAUCGGAGUUACCUUGAAAUAUUCACACACAGAGUAUGAGGUCGCCCUAUUUCCCAGCGAGGUCAGUGCUUUUCCACAAGGAGCCCAACGGAGUGACGUACAGAGUCCCAGCUCUGCUCUAUUUGUCUCGCUCCAGGUUCUUCCUGGCCUUCUGUGAGGAGAGACUCAGCCCGUCAGAUUCUCAGGCUCACCUGCUGGUCGUGAGAAAAGGCACUUUCUACAGGAACUAUGUGGAGUGGGAUGACAUGCGUGUCCUCGGCACGGCUUUCCUGCCAGGCCACCGGUCCAUGAACCCGUGCCCGGUGUACGAUGAGUUCACAGGUACUCUCUUCUUGUUCUUCAUCGCUGUCCUCGGCCACACCUCGGAGUCCUAUCAACUGGUGACGGGAAGAAAUGUGACCCGUCUCUGCUACAUCUGCAGCACUGACGAAGGAGACACCUGGAGUCCUGUCACCGACCUCACCAAGAAGGUCAUAGGAGAUACUAUCAAAGAAUGGGCCACUUUUGCUCUUGGCCCGGGCCACGGCAUCCAGCUGAAGUCCGGCCGUCUGCUGAUUCCUGCCUACGCUUACCACAUCGAGUGCAAAGAGUGCUUCGGACAGCUCUGCCAGACCACUCCCCGCGCCUUCUGCUUUCACAGUGACACCCACGGGCGAACCUGGCGUUUCGGGGAGGCGGUUCCGGUGCCGGAAAGCGUGGAGUGUCAGAUGGUGUCUGUGGAUGAAGAGGACGGGACUAACGUGCUGUACUGUAAUGCACGCAGCCCUCUGGGAUACAGGGUGCAGGCCCUCAGUCUGGAUGAUGGAGCGGUGUUUCAGGAGGGGCAGCUGGUGCAGCGGCUGGUGGAGCCUAAAAAUGGUUGUCACGGUAGCAUUGUUGGAUUUCCUGCCCCGUUACAUUUAUGUCAUUCUCUUGACAGUCACUUGCACCAACCUCCACAUCACUCCAGACACUGGACGUCCUGCAUGACUAACUCAAACAUCACCACCUCUGCCUCCACCACCAGCCCCAAUCAUCCAGAUUUCCUCACCCCCACCUGGGUAGCAUACUCCCACCCAACAUGGACCACCGCACGCAAGGAUCUGGGCGUGUUUCUCAGCCUGUUUCCCCGUGAUCCAGACAGCUGGCGCGGCCCCUGGGUGAUCUACGAGGGCCCAAGUGCCUACUCUGACCUCGCGUACCUAGAGUUGCCCACCUCACCCGGGGCACCGCCUGCUGUGGCCUUCGCCUGCCUGUUUGAGUGUGGCACCAACACAGCCUACGAUGAAAUCUGCUUCAGCAUCUUCACCCUCUACGAGCUUAUCGAUAAUCUGCCCCGCGAGGCGCAGCUGCGAAAUAACAAUAAUGAAUGUAAAAGACAGCAAAAUCAAGUCCCUGAGACGGAUUGUACAAGUGAAUAUGACGGCCAAAGUCCUGCAGAUUUCCGUCAGGUGCCUCGUGUGAAGAAGAGGAGGAAGAAGAGCAAGUUGACGGAGAUGUGCUCUGUGUCUUAAAUGUAGUUUUUGACCUUGUAAUACAGAGUUAAAGUUUUCUAUACACACUCA